UUUUUCGUUUUCGGUUUUUUAGCUUUGAUUGCCACGUUUCGCCAUACCUUCUCACUCCGACUUGUGAAUGUCUGUGUUGUCCUCGUCAGCGUUUGUGUGCUCCUUCACUGCCACUAUUAAAGGCGGCUUCUUUUGCUAGUUUCCUCCAGCAGCGGUCUUUCGUUGUUUCUCCCAUUCACCCCCAUUUUCGCGAGUCUUCUCCAGUCCAUCUCUUCUCUUCGAGUCGAGAAGCCGCUCGCUCAAGAAGGAUGGGAGGAGUCGAUGUUGCCGCUGUCGUGAGCAGUGUGGAAGUUUCGAGCGACAAUGCCAACAAGGCCGGCAAGCACUCGCAAGUCGGGCACAAGAGCGUCCUCAAGAGCGACAAGUUGUAUCAGUACAUCCUUGACACCAGCGUCUAUCCCCGGGAGCCGGCUCCUUUGAAAGGACUGCGAGAGAUGACAGCCCACCAUCCAUGGAAUUUGAUGACCACUUCGCCGGACGAGGGCCAGUUCCUCAUGUUCUUGCUCAAGAUGAUGAACGCCAAGAAGACAAUGGAGAUUGGAGUCUACACUGGUUACUCUCUUCUCAGCACGGCUCUGGCUCUGCCGGAAGAUGGAACGGUGCUAGCCAUGGACAUCAACAGGAAGAAUUUUGAGCUCGGCUACCCGUACAUGGUGGAAGCCGGCGUGGCUCACAAGAUCGAUUUCAGGGAAGGACCCGCCCUCGCAGCUCUGGACGAGAUGCUCAAAGACGAGGCGAAUCAUGGCGCGUUCGACUUCAUCUUUGUGGAUGCUGACAAGGACAAUUACUUGAACUACCACAAGAGGUUGAUCUCUUUGGUUAAAGUCGGAGGCGUGAUCGGCUACGAUAACACCCUGUGGAACGGCUCAGUGGUUGCCGAAGAGGACGAGCCUAUGCCCAAGUACGUCAAAUACUACAAGGACUUCGUCAUCGAGGUGAACAAGGCUCUCGCUGCCGACUCGCGUAUCGAAAUCACCCAGGUCCCGAUAAGCGACGGGAUCACACUGUGUCGGCGCGUCAACUAGGUAUAGCCAGAACUGAGAUUUAAGAGAAUGAUGAAACUGUAUAGUCGUAGUAAGGAAAAUUACCGGGGUCUCGAGGAAAAAUCCAGACAACGCGGAAGAGUGCUCUGGAAUCGAUAAAGACUGAUUCUUUUUUAGUAAUCAAUCAAAGUGUUCAGGGAA